ACGAAAAGGACGCUAACGUUUCAAGAUUCAUUUUUAACACACAGAGGAGGACUGAAAUUGUUAGUCGCAAUUUUACGAGACGUUUUAAAAUGGUUUGUGAAAAAUGCGAGAAGAAACUGGGGCGGGUCAUCACUCCUGAUACCUGGAAAGAUGGUGCUAGAAACACAACAGAAAGUGGGGGUCGAAAACUCAAUGAAAAUAAAAUGUUAACAUCAAAAAAGGCCAGGUUUGAUCCUUAUGGCAAGACUGGAUUUGCCAUCUGCAGAAUAUGCAAAAGAUCUGUCCAUCAGUCUGGUUCACACUACUGCCAGGGAUGUGCCUACAAAAAAGGAAUUUGUGCCAUGUGUGGAAAAAAGGUUAUUGACACCAAGAACUACAAACAGACCUCAGUUUGAUUCAUUUUGGUUUCUGGGGUAUACAGGAUUUCGUUGAGAGAGGGGUGUUUGUGGAUGAUUGUGUUUGUUUUUAAUACGGUCCUCCACUGUGUGUUGAAUAUGAUAAUUUAAGAUCACUAAAAAGUUCAGCAAUUUGUAGUAGUGUUUUGUGGCAAAUGGGAUGCACUGGUUUAUAACUAUAUAUAACUUUUGUCCUCUCUCACGUUAUAACUUUAGAGCAAUAUAUUGGCUGGAACUGUUUGAACAAAGUAGAUGCCUUCGAAGUUAAAUUUGCUGGAUAACCUGUUGGUUAUUCUCAUUCAUUUGCAAUGAUUCAUUAUUAUUUUCUUAAGGAAGAUCAUUCAUCAGUUCUUAAUAUUACAAAACAUCCUGACUGUGCUUUGGAAAUUCAGAUUAACCAAUCAUGUUCGCAGUUUACUUCAUGGCAAUUUGAAUUUUUUUUACAUCAAUAUAAGCCUGUCCAACACUCAACUGGUUGUUCUUCAUCAACACUGUUGCAAACAAAUAUCUAUUUUGCUGUUUCCUUUAAAAUGGCGUUGUGAAAUUAUAUAGUCCCAUUCCUGUUUUAGAUGUCCCUGAACCCCCUGAUUGUAUGAUAGUAUCUGUAGAUUCUUGUGAAUGCUUUUACAGUAGGCCUAUGUCUAAUUAAUUGCCAUAUAUAGCAAUAUCUAGACACUGUACAUUAUUCCCUUCCUCUCUAUUAAAAAUGUCAGGGACAGUUUUUAUGUCUGUAAAUAUUUAAUUCUCGCAAAAUAAAAACAACAUAAAAACAACAUUUUUCAGAUUUCUGUCUUUAAUGUGAGAAAGCAGGAAAAUUUUUAUAAUGGCACUUUAAUGUAUUUGAUGUUCACAAUGAGAUUAUUUUUACACAAUCCAAUAUUGUAUAACGUAAAAAGUCACAAUAUACAUACAAAUGAUGCAAACACCAUUGUAAUCUCGUCAUUGGCUUAGUCUAAUUUUGACUUUUUAACUACAAAUUAUUCAACAUUUGACCCCUUAAAUAUAACCAUUGCCAUUAUUUAGUAACAUCUUACAUUUUUCUAUAUUUUAAACAUUAAUUGGUUAAUUUUGUAAACGUUACAGGAUUAUUUGAGACAAAACAUUAACUUAGUUUGAAUAUAUUAAAAAGCUAAAACAACUUAUAACUAAUAAAGAGAAACACAAAACAAAAUAAUAAGAGUACCUGUUACAUACUUGAAAGCAAAAUGUUAAAAAUAGUUAUCUAUUUGAUGGGCUUUCUGGGGUAAGUUCUGAAGGUGCAAAUACUUCAGGGACUGUUUUUCCAAAAGAAAAGUGCUGUGUCACCGAUCCUUUAAGAUUCACAAUUUAGAUUUUAGGCAUAAUAUAUGCAAAUAGUG